GACAGCCUCAUCACUAUGAUUUUUGGUGUGGGAGCAGCUGUUGCAGCCUUCCCACCCGUCAUGGACCUUUGCGUGUCUUUCUUGGGUCGCAAGGGUGCAGUGAUUGCUGGUGGGGCAAUUUUCUGCUUGGGGUCCGGCUUGCAAGCGCUUGUUGGAAUCAUGCUUGCAUUUCUAUUGGCCCUUGUCUUGGAAGAUGUGGAGAAACCGUAUGGUGGCUGGAUAGUGCCGGGGCUAUUGUUGGUCUUUGGUGGCAUGGUGAUGCCUGGGUCUCCACAGUACCUGGUGGCGCAAGGCAAGCCAAACGAGGCGCUGAAGAUGUUGCUCAAGCUGCGCAGCCAGGAUGUGCGUGUAGAGUUGGCCCAGAUCUUGCAAGAGCACGAGGCAGAAUCAGCUACUCACACCAGCUGGGGAGAGGUCCUCUCAGGGGACAACUUAAAGCUCCUGGGCAUUGGCGUCAGCAUCCAGUUGCUUCAGCAGCUCUGUGGAAUGAACGCCUUCAUGUACGAUGGCCCUUUGAUCUUCAACAAGCUCUUUGGGUCUGAACAUGCCGGAAGGCUCUUCACAUUGGUUUCAG